GGAGGCGGAGGAGGCGCUGGAGGGAAGGCAGCCGCCGCCGCCGCCGUUCCAAGUUGCAGGCCCGGCGCGUAAUGCGGCGCGCAGCGGCUCCCGGUUGUAGCUCCCGGGCAGGAGUUGGCGGAUCGGGGCCGGGAAGGGGCUGGCGCCUGUGUAGUGAGGUGCAUGUGCAACGGAGACUUUGGGAUUCUCAACCCCUUACGCCGGAAUGCGGGAGACCCCAUUUAUGGUAGUUCCAGACGGACAUGUCAUAAAGACUUCCUCUGGCUCAUCGGUGGCUGAGAUGUUUUCUUAACUUGUUGGAAAUACGGAUUUUAUUUGGGACCCCUUCCCUAAAAACCGCUUGGUUCCCAAAUUCUCUCCAGUUUCUACUGCUAGCUGCCAUGAACGGGCUCUCGGUCAGCGAACUCUGUUGCCUUUUUUGCUGCCCGCCUUGCCCCGGCCGGAUCGCGGCCAAACUGGCAUUCUUACCUCCGGAGCCCACUUACACAAUCGUCCCAGAACCGGAUCCUGUCGGGGGCGCUGGCAACACCUCUCCCCGCAGCACUACCAUGACGCGCUGGAAACUCCAUUUGACGGAUCGAGCAGAUUUCCAGUACGCCCAACGGGAACUGGACACCAUCGAGGUCUUCCUCACCAAAAGCAGCCGGGGGAACAGGGUGGGCUGCAUGUACGUCCGUUGCGUUCCUGGUGCGAGGUUCACAGUCCUAUUCUCACAUGGCAAUGCCGUGGACCUAGGCCAAAUGUGCAGUUUCUACAUCAGCCUGGGCACCCGCAUCAGCUGCAACAUCUUCUCCUACGACUAUUCGGGCUACGGCGUCAGCACAGGAAAGCCCUCGGAGAAGAACUUGUACGCCGACGUUGAUGCAGCCUGGCAGGCGCUGCGCACCCGAUAUGGGAUAAGUCCCGAGAAUAUAAUCCUGUAUGGGCAAAGCAUUGGCACAGUACCCACGGUGGACCUGGCCUCCCGCUACGAGUGUGCAGCUGUGAUCUUGCACUCACCCCUGACCUCAGGCAUGCGCGUCGCCUUCCCGGAGACCAAGAAGACCUACUGCUUUGAUGCUUUCCCAAACAUCGACAAGGUGUCCCGCAUCACCUCCCCGGUCCUCUUCAUCCACGGCACGGAGGACGAGGUGAUUGACUUCUCGCACGGCUUGGCCCUUUACGAGCGCUGCCCGAAGGCCGUGGAGCCCCUGUGGGUGGAGGGGGCCGGCCACAACGACAUUGAACUCUACAGCCAGUACCUGGAGCGCUUGCGCAAGUUCAUCACGCAAGAUCUAGCCGGCCAGCACCACUGAACGCCCUUCUCUUUUCGCCUUGCCCCCUGUGCGCUCCCGGGGGGUGGGGUGGGGGGAGAGGGGAGGCACUCGCGGCUUUAGGAGAAUGGCGCCACGGCUGCACACUCCAUGCCCCCAUCCGCCCCACGAGGACCCAUUGAGGGGUCGGCCACCGGAGGACCAUCGGCACUCCCUUGCUCCAGCGGGGCACCGUUCCCGGCCGUCCUCCUUCACAGCGGCCGCCUGCUUGGACGACGACGACACCUCUGAGUGGGGGUGCGCCAAAGCCAGAGCCCUGCCGUCCCUCCUCGUGAGACUCUCGAAGACUGAGCGUUGCAGAUGCUUUUUUAAACGUGGACACCUCCAUUGAGACUGCACCGUACUUCUGCCUCCACCUCAGCAUCCCACGUCCGGACCCUGUUUUCUGAACUGUCCAUGUGUCCCAGCGAUAGCAAUAAGCCAUUGGCGGGUGGGGUGGGGGCUGACACGGAUGCUGCCCCGCGGUCAGACGAGGCACCUUGCAUGAUGGCCAAAGCGGCCUGCUCCACCUCUGCUGCCCAGCCCACAGUGCCACCUGGGGGCAGGAGGACUUUAGUAAAGAUUGCGCGGAGUUGCGGUUGGCGGGGCGGGCAGAAAUUCCGAGGACUCUGGUUGCGGGAUUCAACGCCGCUGACGUACACAGGCCAGUCCUGGGGUGGGUGGUGGGUGGGGAGGGUUGCCCGUUCCAUCCACAACCUCAUGGAUACUACUGUUUUACUAUCGCCCCUUGAUCCAUACCCCACAUGUCUGGGCUAUGCUUUACGGGAACGGAAGAAUACUCCGCCCGUCCAUUUUUGAAAGGAAGAGGAAUAAAAGUUUAAAAGAUCCAGA